CGCAUAAGAAACGCAUAGCGUUAAUCAUGCUCUUAGGUGCAACUAAACUGUUUAUCUCUGGACAAGUGUUAGCACCAAGAACGUUAUCUGGUUAUUAAUGUAUUAGGUAAAACAAAAACACUCUUGCUCCAUUAUUAGUUCUUUACUUGUUCCAACAUAAAUACUAACUCUCAACAUUAUUUACACCAACACUACUCUCAAAAGAUUCUUUUCAAUCUAUUCUUCUUAAACUACUAUAUAUACACGCAUUUGACAGCAAAUACGAAGCAUCAAACAUCAUCAUCAUCUCUUUGAUCAAUCACCAAGAAGAAAAAGAAAGACAAUGGUAUCCAGAGAAAUGCUGAUCAUAGUCUCGGUUCUCGCCACUACUCUCAUCGGUUUAGCAGUAGCUACGGACCAUACCAUUGGUGGUCCUAGUGGUUGGACUGUUGGAGCUAAUCUUGGAACGUGGGCUGCAGGACAAACAUUUGCUGUUGGAGACAAUCUUGUUUUCGCUUACCCUUCUGCAUUCCACGACGUCGUUGAAGUAACAAAACCUGAAUUCGACAGCUGCCAAGCGGUUAAACCGCUUAUAACGUUCGCUAAUGGAAACUCCAUUGUUCCCCUCACUACUCCUGGAAAAAGGUACUUCAUUUGUGGAAUGCCUGGACAUUGCGCCCAAGGGAUGAAACUCGAAGUAAACGUUCUUCCAACAGCAAACGCAGCACCAACCGCACCGCUUCAAAACUCUGUCCCAUCUCUAAACGCGCCUUCACCUUCUUCUGUUCUACCGGUACAACCUCUGCUGCCUCUUAAUCCCAUCUCUCCUUCUUCUUCAAUUCCGGUUCCUUCCUCCUCUCUGCCUAUUCUGCCGGAACAAGCACCGGCGCUUUCUCCAGGGUCUGCAGCGGGGACUUCUCUGCCGUUGUUCCCAGGCUCACCUGCAGCUAGCUCAAGCAGCACCACCACCAAAACAGUUGGGAGCUUCCCUUCUAGUGCUACCGGCACAACGGCUGAUCUUUCCGGCGCAGGAGCUCCUCCGGUUGACUCCUCCUCAUCCACUAAGAGCUUUGUUUUGGGAUUCGGAUUCAUGGUCACUAUGAUGCUUCAUUUGUUCUAAGUGUUUAAGUAGACAGAGUUUUGUUUGAUGAGGCUAAUGUGUUUGCGUUUACUUUGUUUUGGUUUUAUAUGAGAAUAUGUGUUUUCUUGUACAAGAUUAAAUAUGCUGUUUUUGUUUGUGUUGUCUUCUGUAUCUCAGUAUCUACCAUUGUAUAUUCAUUUAUUUCUCGAAUAUCA